AUGCCCAUCACCGGAAUCGCGCACGUCAACAUCACCGUCCACCCUGGGACCCUGGAGGAUGCAGACGAGUUCUACAUCCAGACCCUCGGGCUGAUCCCGGCCCCCGUUCCAGAGCUCCAAAUCGGCACUAUCAAAUGGUUUUUGGUCUCCCACUCAGGGGCUCCGGAGGGUCCCGGCCAGCAGCUCCACGUCACCGAAGGCCCUACCGAUCCAGAGCACAGCCGACACCCUUGCUUCAAGCUGGGCUCUCGCGAGGAGCUGGAGUCCAUGAAGAAGGCCAUCUACGACCACCAUGCCACGGGCGGCCCGUCUGCGCCUUUAUCUGCUGACAAGCCGGGCGAGGUGGACUCCGGUGAGUACUAG